ACUGGACGGGAACUCGGCUGGUUCUUGCGGGCUACACGGUGGCGGGCCUGGAGAACCUAGAAACUGGAGACAAAAAGUUGCUACGAAGCCGAGGCUUCGCGCUGGAUGCUUCACCGGCGAAACCCGUGGAGCCGGAUGUGGAUCCGACCUGGCCGCCGGUCCCGGGCGGGGAAGGUCCGGCCAGGCUAUGUCAGGAACCUUGGGGAAGCAAACCCUUCCAUGACGGGGCAGGGCUUUGCUCACCUGGGAGAUGGGAUCCCCAGCGGAGGAAGUACUGCUGCGAGCCAGGCUGGGACAAGCUGCGACGGCGCCUGGAGGACAUCAUCCUGGACCAUGCAGGGGGAGAAGCGCAGCUGGACCGGGCGCCUUUCGAGAUGGCGGCGAAGGGAGAGCUCGGAUGCGGCUUGGUUUCGGAUCCUACGCUUCACCAGAAGCUGGUCGGGGCGAUGGUGGAGGAGAUCUUUGAGCCUCAGACAAAGUGGAAGCUGGAACUGGGGCCGAUGGACAUCGCCCAAUCCUGGAAGGCCAACUACGAGUCUGCGGAGCAGAACUUGGACUUCGUCCGCGAGCACUUCGAGGCUGAGGUUGGCGAAGGGCUGAUGAUCAAGAUGGAGGAGGGCGACUUCUGGGCGAAGUACGGGGAGGAGGCCGCGAUCUCUGCCAUCGCGGUCAUAGUGGAGGAGGGACCUCCGGUGAAGAAGAGGGUGGUGCACGAUGCCUCCCACGACGU